AUAAAAAUAAAAAAUCAAUCUGCUAAAAUUAUUAAAUGAAAUGAGGUAUCUCGUCUUCUUCUAUCUUCCCUCCUAACCUGCAAAAUCUGUUUUCCUCUGUUUGUCGCAAUUUGGGAGACACGAGCUUCAGGUCAAUCUCAGACCUUCGACUUCGAGUUUCUAUCCAUUCUUCUGAGAGCUCUCUAAUGGAAAAGUACAAAUUAAUAGCUAAAAUCAAGAAAGGCGUCUUCCAAGGCUUGUGUCUUUUAUCAUCCCAAACUGUUACUCUCAAACAGUUAGGGUUUCCUGAUAACGAAGGUGUCCCUGGCUCCCUUAUCAAGGAGAUAACGCUGCUGCAAGCAAUGAGACAUGCCAACAUUAUCAGACUGAUCGAUGUGGUGAAUCAUCAAGAACAGAGUAGUAUAGUCCUUGUUUACGAAUCUAUGGAGACGAAUCUAACAAGUUUUAUCCGGAUUUAUCCAAAAGUUAUGAAGAUUCCACGAACAAUCAAAGAACUUUUACGCCAGAUUUUGCUUGCAGCAUCCUAUUAUCAUUCUUUUAACAUUGUUCAUGGAGGAAUUAAACCCGCGAAUACGUUCAUCGAUCCUGCAACAAACACUUUGAAGAUUACAGACUUUGUAUGGCCUAGGACACUGUUUAACUCCAACACUGAAGAUCCAAAUGAGGAAUUGGGUUUCUGUUACAAGGCUCCUGAAAUUCUUGUGGAGCAUAAACAAUUCAGCACUGCAAUCGAUGUUUGGUCUGUUGGAUGCAUUUUUGCAGAAAUGGUGACUCAGAAGCCUCUGUUUUCAGCUACCUCGGAAUUUCAUCAACUUGCAAAAAUUUUCAGUAUCAUGGGGACACCUAGUGAGGAAACAUGGCCUGGAUUUUCCAGGAUUUAUCGGUAUUUACAUAUAUAUAAUCAUUGCAAACCUAAGGAUCUGAGGAAAUUAGUUACUGGUCUUGAACCAGCUGGAAUUGAUCUUCUUCAUAAACUACUAUACAUGGACCCAAAAGGAAGAAUCACAGCUAGACAAGCAUUGGAGCAUGUAUAUUUCCAGAAUUGAUUUUUUUUGAGUAAAUUACUGAAAUCAUCUCUGUGGUUUGGUCAAAAUUGCACGUUUGGUCCCUAACUUUUUUUUUGCACUCGGAUCGUCCCUGUGGUUUGAUUUUGUUGCGUUUUUCGUCCCUUA